AUGUGUCUCUGUGCACAUUCAUUGCCAAGCCCACCACCCAUAUCUAGGAAUACAAUUUUUCUUGAUGAAAAACUCGAAGAUCAAAUAUUUGAAGACCUUGAUACUAAUGAAAGCGUUGGGUACAAUGUAGCCUCAGAUUAUCGUCUGCCCAACACCACUCGCCCUAUUCAUUAUAAUAUUCUUUGGGCUAUUGAUAUGACUUUUCUUGUAUUUCAAGGCAAAGUUGAUAUUCAAUUAAUGGCUAAUCAAGCAAAUGUAACUCAAAUCGUCCUUCAUACCAAUGAAUUAAGAAUAGAGAGUAUAAACUUGCUAUUAAACUCUAGAAACAUAGCGGUGACCUAUAGCGAAGAUACUAAUUUACAUUUUUUGAUAAUCAGCCCCUCCGAAACCUUGCAGUAUGAUGCACUUAAUCCCGUUAUUUAUGACUUAGCAAUAGAGUUUUCCGCUCCCUUACGUAAUGAUAUGUACGGAAUUUAUAGAAGUUGGUUUAGAAAUCAACCCACUGAAACACCUAGGUGGAUGGCUUCUACACAAUUUCAACCAACAUCAGCUCGUCAAGCUUUUCCAUGUUACGAUGAACCUAGUUUUAAGGCUACCUUCAACAUUACUAUAAGACGACCAAUUGAGUACACUAGUUGGUCUCUCACUAACAAUAGAACGGCCGUUUUCAAUCAAACUCAUGAAGAUGAUAUCUAUGACCGUACGCCCAUUAUGUCCACAUAUCUUUUAGCUAUCAUUGUUGCUGAGUAUGAAUCUAUUAGAACACCUUCAACUGGGCAAUUUCAAUAUGAAGUCAUUGCAAGACCAGCAGCUAUAAAUAGUGGCCAAGGUUCCUACGCAUUAAUAACUGGUGAAAAGCUUGUAGUUGAAAUGAACCAACAUACAAAUAUAAGUUACUUUGACAUGCAUCCUAAUUCAAAAAUGACUCAUGCUGCUGUUCCUGACUUUUCGGCAGGAGCUAUGGAAAAUUGGGGCUUAAUUACUUACAGGGAAGCCUAUUUAAUGUACACUGAAGAAGACACCAAUGAUCACUUUAAACAAAUUAUAGCUUACAUUCUUUCACAUGAAAUUGCUCAUAUGUGGUUUGGUAAUAUGGUAACCUGUGAGUUUUGGGACAGUUUAUGGCUCAAUGAAGGUUUUGCUAGAUACUAUCAAUAUUUCCUUACUAGUUGGGUGGAAAAAGAGAUGGGUUUUGACACUCGUUUCAUCAUUGAACAAGUCCACACAGGUCUGUUGGCUGAUUCCGCUGAGACUGCUCAUCCGUUGACUAAUCCUAAUGUUGGUAGUCCUCAGUCAGUUAGUGCAAUGUUCUCGACUAUUUCAUACAACAAAGGUGCCGCAAUAAUAAGAAUGACUGAACGUCUCCUCGGCACUGAUGCCCAUACUGCUGGUCUUCGUCUUUAUUUGCGCGAUCGUGAUUUCGACAUUGCACGGCCAAUCGAUCUGUUCCGAUCGCUGGAGAUUGCUGGUACAGCAGCUGGUUCGUUCUCGGAAUAUGGCAAUUUUUCACUUGUCGAAUAUUACCAAAGUUGGACUGAGCAAAGUGGUCACCCUAUUUUGAAUGUACGAGUGAACCAUACGACUGGUGAAAUGAUAAUUACACAGCAUCGGUUCAGUAUCAAUGGUGGAUAUGCUGUUAACAACCUAAACUACAUUAUUCCAAUCACCUUUACCACCGCUGCCAAUCCUGAUUUCGUAAACCUUAAGCCCACCCAUAUACUCAAAGACUCCUUGAAUAUAAUCGAUCGUGGCUCAAUUGGAGACCAGUGGGUGAUUUUCAACAAGCAACAAAGCGGAUUUUACAGAGUUAAUUAUGACGAUUACACCUGGGAUCUGAUUACAAUUGCUUUACGCGGUCCUAAUAUGACUGAUAUUCAUGAAUACAAUAGAGCUCAGAUUGUUAACGACGUAUUCCAAUUCGCUCGUUCUAAUAUCAUGCCUUACUCUAGAGCAUUGAACAUUUUAUCCUAUCUUCAAAAUGAGACUGAUUAUGCUCCAUGGGUUGCUGCUUUGACUGGGUUCUCCUGGUUGAGAAAUAGACUUGUUGGUGAUCCCCUUCUCACAAGAUUAGAGGGUUUAAUGUCUGAUUGGUCAGCUAAUGUUAUGAGACAACUGACAUACAAUCCUAUUCAGGACGAACCUUUCAUGAAUUCGUACUUAAGGUUCCAAUUGGCGCCUGUGCUGUGUGCCAUCAAUGUGCCUGAAUGCCGUCAAGCUGCAAACACCCAAUUCCGCGCCUUAAUUAACAAUGGAGUAGAAGUUCCAGUAAAUAAUAGAAAUUGGGUCUAUUGCAAUGGGCUUCGCGAUGGAACUGUUGCUGACUUCAAUGCCUUAUGGCGACGCUAUAAUGCAACCAAUGUUUAUACUGAAAAGAUUCUAUUGCUUCAAAACCUAGGAUGUACUCCUCAUAUUGAAUCGCUCACCUUUUUCCUGGAUAAUAUUUUUGAAGAAAACUUCGAAAUCCGUCAUCAGGAUUAUAGUUCUGCGUUUACCAGUGCUGUUGGUGGUAACCCAGAUAAUACACAGAAGGUCUUUGAGUAUAUUCAAAGAAAUCUCCAAAAAGUUCUUACUGCUUUUGGAUCUGCAUCACCUCUCAUAUCCGUUGCUUCAAGAUUACGAACGGAAGCUGAAAUAAAUGCGUUCCGCACCUGGGCAACUCAAAACCAACAAGAAUUAGGAAGUUAUUAUCAGAGCGUGAUCAACAGUGUUGAAACUACCCGUCAAAGCCUUGCUUGGGUGGAAUUGGUCCGCGAGGACUUGAAUAAUUAUUUCCAAACAGGAGAUAGUCUGAUCACACCAAGUACUACCACAGUAACGCCUUCCCCUGCCCCGGUCACUGUCACACCACCCCCUAUCGAAGAACCUGUGUCUCCUGACAUUCCUGACUCAGCUGUAACUACAGCGCUGUCUUCCCUCGCUGUUAUAAUGACAAUUAUUAUAAAUAUUGUAGCG